AAUUUCUUAUCAAAAAAGGGUCAUGUCGGUUCAUCUCUCAGUGUUAGGAUUGGAAUUUUUCACUCGUGCGGGAUCACUUUCGGCCUGCAGAAAGUGAAAUCACCAAGAUGUAUGCUGCUUUGAUAAUUGUCGCUGUUGCAUUGCUGGAGCAGACAGACGCGUCUGUAAGAUGCUUUGAGUGCGUCGAUAUGCCACACCCUCAGGACUGUGCCACAGUUACCACGUGUACCCAGCACGAGAUAUGCUUCGUAGAACAGUUUGUCACGAGCGGAGGGCAAAUACUGUACAGCUCCGGCUGUUUGUCAAAAGACAGGUGUUUAACCGCCGGAAAACGAGCAGCUUCGAGCGAGUUUAUUAACCUGUUUGGACCCCAACAGAUCAACGACGAAAACGCUAAAGGGAUGGCUAAAAGACAGGAUCCGGUAUCCAACACGGACAUUCCAACGUGUAUACAGUGUUGUGACGGCAAUUUCUGUAACGUAGAGGGGUGUGGAACUCUAGCUGUACCAAGAGAAAAGCGCGGCCCUAAAUGCUUCUCAUGUGAUGCGCAGGCUGAUCCGGAAUCGUGUCGUGAUACACAGCUCUGUGACAUGGAUAAGGUGUGUGCUAUUUACAAGCCACUGGAUCGUUUAAUUUUCGACGAAUGGAAAACUGAAUGUAUGGCAGAACGGCAAUGUAAAUCAAUAGUACAAGUGGAAUCCCAGCAGUUAGCAAAUUCUUUACCUGCUAUAGGCAAGCGAGAUCUGGUCACAGUCAACAAGUGCCCUAGGUGUUGUACCGAUGACCUCUGCAACCACAGCUGUCGACAAAACCUUACAGUUGUCCACACAACAUCAUUGCCAACGAAACCGUCGACUUAUCCUACCAUAAAACCAACACAUCCUACGACCAAACCCACGGUUAGACACACUCAUCAUACGACUAUACCCACGGUAAAACACACACAUCCUACGACCAAACCCACGGUUAGACACGCUCAUCAUACGACUAUACCCACGGUAAAACACACUCAUCCUACGACCAAACCCACGGUUAGACACGCUCAUCAUACGACUAUACCCACGGUAAAACACACUCAUCCUACGACCAAACCCACGGUAAAACACGCUCAUCAUACGACUAUACCCACGACAAAACACACUCAUCCUACGACCAAACCCACGGUAAAACACACUCAUCCUACGACAAAAAUGAUGAUAACACAAACCACACAUGUGGUACCUACUACAGACCCUGCAAUUGGAUGCAAACUCGAUGGAUACAUUUAUGACCCUCCUACAAAGUUGUGUCUGAAGUUCUAUGAAAGUCCAAAACUGAACUGGACAGACGCCCAAAACUACUGUAACUCGAGUAAGGGACAAUUAGCGAUUAUAACUGGUGAUCAGAAGAUUAAAGAUGUACUGGCUUUCUAUAAGGAUGGCGGACACACGAGUCCACUCUGGGUCGGUGCUACUGAUUUUGGCAAUGGUCACGUGUUCACAUUCACCGAUGGUUCUAAGCUUACUGUUGACCCAUCCGAAGGGAAAGACCUGAAAAACUUCAACUGCCUCUAUGUGACCGGCGGGUCGUACAAGGGUUUUGGCCCCUGUCCUGAUCGACAUGGAUUUAUCUGCGAACGAAGUAGCACUGUAAGAGAAUAAGACAGAUUAAAUUCUUUAGAAACGUU